UACAAUGCUACUGCUUGAUUAUGGAUGUUCUCUGUGUUCUCGGUAAUUGAUUUUAAUGUCCGGGUAAAGAUUAUCUGUCCACCAGAAAAGGGAACAAGCCCCCCUUUUUUUUUGCAUAUUUAAUGUCUGUCAAAGAUUUGCCCGAAGAACAACGAGAAGCUAUCAGAAAACUUCAAGAAGAAGUUAGCUCUCUUUAUACUGCUGUCUCUGACGACUACAUGGAGGAAUGGAAAGUUGAAUGUCAAAAGCAGAGAUACACCGAAUGUCCUGACGUUGUGAAACACGUAGAAGAAGAGUGUAGAAAACUUGGAAUUUUAGACAAGUGUCAAAUUAUCCCUGUAGAAUCUGAUUAUUAUGAUUGGGAACUCCAACAAAGAGCUUUUAGAGUCAAUGCACCAUCAAAGGAACACAUGUGUAAAAGUGUUAUUUUAGAAAACACUCGAUGCACUCAUAAAGAAACUUCAGAUCCACUUUAUUCUCGAUACUAUUGUGUUAUUACUCAAUAUGUCAAACCUGUCAAUACACAAAAAUUAUUGAAUUAUUGUCGUGCCAUGAAGAACAAAGAAAUCAGUAAAAAGCAUUACAAUUACCGUCUUGCUGAUCCUCAGGUAUCACUCGAAUUGACUGGAUUUGAAAAAGGAGGUGUCAGUGCAAUUGGCAUGAAACAACCUAUUCCUAUUAUUCUUGCCGAAUCUAUCACCAAACUACAAGUAAGAAGAUACUUAUGCUUGCACAAACUAACUUGAUAAUCUAGCCUGGUGUUAUUUAUCUCGGUGCAGGACAUAUUGAUUGGAAAUUUGGUAUUCCUGUUUCUACAUUUAUUGAAACAACCAAUUGUUUUAUUGCUGAUCUAGACUAAGUAAAUAAAAAAAGAAAGAAAGAAAGGGAGAUGAG